GCGCAAUGCUACUGUACUUUACAAUCAAGAUGUGACUGCGAGUUCCACCGGCCCACCUCAACCGGCAGUGCAUUGGCGGCAGCAUGCGACCGCAGAAGGGCGCGGGAUUGCUCCUUGUCAACGGGCGUAGUCGACCUGAAGAUAGGUUGCUAAUGCGCUGUGGCGACGAGUCAAUAAAUCUCUUGACAUUGCCGCCAUUGGCUAAAAGCUCCUUCGGCCGUCUGUUGCGCGGGGAAGACUGUACGAUGAUAUGGAACGUUAAUAGAGCAAUACUGUGCUGUUCCCGCGCAGAUGUCUCCCAGCGUACCCGGCUUCGCGGUAACCGUUACCGGCCCGGCGCAAGAACCGUUUGAUGUGUUGCCGGUCAUGCGAGGCGGUUGUACCUCGUUGCAAACGAGCCGAUGUGACUGGCGUCGACUUCUACCGAUGCAGCAGCGGCGCCGCAACCCUAACCGAAGCGCCAACACGAUUGCUGGGAAGCUGGCAUUAACGUCUCGCUCGUGUAUGAUU